AAGUGGAGGGGUGCUGGUGCUCAGAAUAUGAGGACUGAUAUCAGGUGUUACUCUAAUUUAAUUAGACCCAAAGGACCAAAAAUGAUUUCCUCUCCCUGGAUCAAGACAUACCUCGAGAAACUACUGCUGAGCUCCCAUGGGUUCAGAGCGGGAGGAGAUGGGCAAACGGCAGAUGCAGGAGGCACCGAGUACUGUGCAGACGCACAACACACACACUCACAGCGCCAUAAACACUCACACACACAGCUGGCUGAAUGCGCCUCCCAACGCCUGCUGCUUCUGCUGGUGCUGCUGCUGUAGCUGCUCCUGCUUGACUGUGCGCUCUGCUCAGGAUGAGCGAAUCCAAAGGCUUGUCUGUGAGCAAACUGAAGUGACCAGCAACUGUGAGGAGAGCCCCAAGCCAACGCUGGAGGAUGCCAGCUCGUGGGGGCAGUCGUUUGAGCGCCUGAUGAAGAGUCCGGCCGGCCGUGGCUGCUUUAGGCAGUUCCUGCGGACGGAGUUCAGCGAGGAGAACCUCCUCUUCUGGCUGGCCUGCGAGGAGCUGAAGAAGGAGACCAACCGCGGUGUGGUGGAAGAGAAGGUGCGCCAGAUCUAUGAGGACUUUGUCUCCAUCCUGUCCCCGCGAGAGGUGAGUCUGGACUCCCGCGUGCGCGACGUGAUCAACCGGAACAUGACGGAGCCCACGUCCCACACGUUUGAUGACGCCCAGCAGCAGAUUUACACGCUGAUGCAGCGAGACUCCUACCCACGUUACAUGAACUCCAGCAUCUACUCAGACCUGCUGCUGAGCCUGGAGCAGCAGCAGCAACAACUGCAGCAGCCAGAGAAGCCUCCUGAGACCUCCUAAAUAACACAGGCACGCACACGCAUGCACCUGCGCUUUAGUGACCACGUAACCACAUGUAAGCCACACAUGCAUACGGUCAGGAGACAAACACACACAGAAGUCCACUGUAAACAGAUACACACCAAUCGCACAGCCUGGCACUAGUUGCACUGAGAUACACGUUACACACUUUGAGCUGCUUCAGCUGGCUUACACCACCUUGAGUCCAUCACACAAGUGAGGGCAAUCAAAAUCACUCACCAAUGCACAGCCUCAAGAAACCCUCACAACACACACACACACACACCUAUUUUCCUUCUCCCCUCCCAAUUUCUCAGGCGCCAUCCCUGGAUGCUCAGAGCACCAACUGUUAUCAGAGGCAUCCGGAGGAAGCCACAACAAGCAACAUUUUUAUUUUGGACGUGACUGUAUAUAGAACUUCAGGUACAUACUAAAUGACAAAUAUUGUGGUGUUUCAGUCAGAUUGUCUUAAGAAAUGAGUACCAACAAAUUUACCAAUAUGUUUUUUGUCUGGUAGAGCAUGUUGACAGUAGGCACAUAUCUAGGUCAUCAGAGUAAUUAAUCAGAGAUAAUGACAAUGACAAAAUGAAGUAGAAACAGCUGAAUAACUACAUUGUAAAGUAAUGAACAACUUGAAUCUGAUCAUUUUUAGCUUGACAUUAUCAAUCCUAAUGACAUAUUAUCAUAUUAUUAAGUGCAAUCCUAAGGAAGGGAUGUGAUGACAGAACAGCCAGAGGUGUUCUAGCUGUUGCUUCGUGGAGUGAUGCCACCUGGAGUACAUCAAGUGAAACUGGUGUUCUGAAUGUUUGUUUACACUGGCUGUGUCACUGCCCUCCCUUACCCGGUGCCACUAAAGCUGCUUUCAGACAUAGGUGGAAGUCUGCAUGUUCUGCGAAGUGGUUGGGCCGUAUAUCUGAACAACAUAACCGGACAUUUGGAACUCAACUUUGCCAGCUGUUACACUACUCCCUCCUAGUAUUUCCGACGGACAUUAUGUAAAUGAGCUCAUGUCUGAACGAAGCCAAGAACAUGCGGAGAUUCUGUUCAUGCGUGUGUUCAACCACGCAGAGAUCCUGUUCAUGUGCGUCAGUGUCGUUCACACAUGACAGCAUAAUGUCCGCAUGUAAGCAUCAUAUUUGAAUCACCUGAAGGGUCGGACAUCCGUUUGACAAAGAUCCACAUAUAAUGCGGAGGACAUGUCUGAAAGCAGCUUAAGAGAAAAGUCCCACACCUGUGCCUUGAACUGUGGUGCGUUUGGAACUCCCAAUGAAGAAAUUACUUACUCGACAACAUUAAAAUAUCAAACCUAUACAUUUCUUUAUGUACUAACACUGAGAUUAUUUUUUCCCUGUUUCAGUCCUUCAUUGCAAUACUGUACAAAUCAAUGACUUUUGUCUA